GCUGUGAAGGAGAAAAUACACCUCUUGAGUUUUUACCUGUGAACACAAUAGCACUGAGAGACAAUCAGAGAGCAAAGAGGAGGAGAUUGGCCAGUCACACCAAGAGACACCAAAGUUGAAAGUUUCAGUUUUUUCUUUUUUUCCCCCCUGUUUCAUUUUCCCCACCGUGUGUCACUACAAUGGUCAGAAAGCCUGUCGUGUCCACCAUCUCCAGUGGAGGGUACCUGCAGGGGAAUGUGCAGGGGAGGCUGCCUGCCCCGGGGGGCAAGGAGCCCCCCGCGCAGGAGACGGUGGUGCUGAGGAAGAAAAUCACCUUGCUGAGGGGCAUCUCCAUCAUCACGGGCACCAUCAUCGGAUCGGGAAUCUUCAUCUCUCCCAAGGGCGUGCUCCAGAACACGGGCAGCGUGGGCAUGUCUCUGAUUGUCUGGACAGUCUGUGGGGUCCUGUCCCUGUUUGGAGCCAUGUCCUAUGCUGAACUGGGAACAAGUAUAAAGAAAUCUGGUGGUCAUUAUACAUAUAUCCUGGAAGUCUUCGGCCCAUUACCAGCUUUUGUAAGAGUCUGGGUAGAACUGCUCAUAAUCCGCCCUGCAGCCACUGCGGUGAUAUCUCUGGCCUUUGGACGCUACAUUCUGGAACCAUUUUUUAUUCAGUGUGAGAUUCCUGAACUGGCAAUCAAGCUCAUUACUGCUGUGGGCAUAACUGUAGUGAUGGUCCUCAAUAGCAUGAGUGUCAGCUGGAGUGCCCGGAUUCAGAUUUUCCUAACCUUUUGCAAGCUCAUAGCAAUUCUGAUAAUUAUAGUCCCUGGAGUUAUGCAGCUAAUUAAAGGACAAACACAACACUUCAAAGAUGCCUUUUCAGGAAGAGACGCAAGUAUUAUGGGCCUGCCACUGGCUUUUUAUUAUGGGAUGUAUGCAUACGCUGGCUGGUUUUAUCUCAACUUUGUUACUGAGGAAGUAGAAAAUCCUGAAAAAACUGUCCCCCUUGCCAUCUGUAUAUCCAUGGCCAUCGUCACCGUCGGCUACGUGCUGACCAACGUGGCCUACUUCACGACCAUCAGCGCUGAGGAGCUCCUGCAGUCCGAUGCCGUGGCUGUGACCUUUGCUGAGCGGCUACUGGGAAAUUUCUCAUUAGCAGUUCCGAUCUUUGUUGCCCUCACCUGCUUUGGCUCCAUGAAUGGUGGUGUAUUUGCUGUCUCCAGGUUAUUCUAUGUUGCGUCGCGAGAGGGUCACCUUCCAGAAAUCCUCUCCAUGAUUCAUGUCCGCAAGCACACUCCUCUGCCAGCUGUUAUUGUUUUGUACCCUCUGACGGUGGUGAUGCUCUUCUCUGCGGACCUCUACAGUCUCUUGAAUUUCCUCAGUUUUGCCAGGUGGCUUUUUAUCGGGCUGGCGGUUGCUGGGCUGAUCUACCUUCGCUACAAGCGCCCAGAUAUGCAUCGUCCUUUCAAGGUGCCGCUGUUUAUCCCAGCGCUGUUUUCCUUCACAUGCUUCUUCAUGGUGGCCCUCUCCCUUUAUUCGGACCCGUUUAGCACGGGGAUUGGCUUCAUCAUCACGCUGACAGGGGUCCCUGCUUACUACCUUUUUAUCAUAUGGGACAAGAAACCCAAGUGGUUUAGAAGAAUGUCAGGCAGAAUAACCAGAACAUUACAAAUAAUACUGGAAGUUGUACCAGAAGAAGCUUGUCAUAAAGUAUGAAUUAAUGCAUUGGAAAUCGUGGCAGUCUCUCCUUGGCCUUGUUUCUGCCCAAAGGGCUGAAACAAAAUAUGGACGUUCACUUCAUUUUAUGAAAACCCAGAAGAUUCCAGCUCUGGUGAUGGACUAAAGGAAUCAGUUAUUUCUAUUCAUAUCGUUUAGCAUAUUCAAACUGGUUUCUAAGAAAUGUAGUUAUAACUCCAUGUAGUUGGAGAAAGCUGAUAGGCAACUUAUACCCUGAGUUCCCACGAUUCUUGCGUCCUGAUGCCUAACCUGUUGAGGUGAGGGGAAAAUACUAUGGAACGGACAGUUGCUUCAGUGGUCUGUCUCUACAACAUAUCAUGGUGAAAACCUUCACAAGGAAGACUGAGUUGUUUUCUGUAUAUAUGGGAUUUGUAAAAACAAUUUUUACAUUGUAGAGAUGACCAUACUGUGAAAAGUGUUUUCUAUUAAUCAAAAGAAAGGGGGGAAAAAAGCAUACAUCAACAUUAUGGACCAAGGAAAGAAAGAAAUUUGUUUCACGUUGGCAUUGCAUUGCUUCCCUAUAGAUACCGACUUAGGUAUCAUUCAUCUUUUAAGGGGUGAUACUCAAAGCAUUUUGAACAAAGGGCAGAGGGGAUAUGCCUCAUGUUUAAUGAACACUUUAAAGAAGAGCUUUUAGGAGCUAUUGUUUAUGGGACAAACCCAAGAAUUAUGUGUAAGUAAAAACCCUUGAGGGUUUAUUAUGUUAGGAUGUUUUUCGCUUGUCAGCAGCAGGCUCCGUGGUUGGGUGGCAUUUUGUG